UUGAACAUGAUUUUGAUUUAAAAUAUUCUGAUCAGAAACAUGCAUUUUCGGAAAAUUGGCCUACGGUUCGAAACCAACUUAAAUAUUUAUUUUCCGGACCUAGAAGGCCAAAGGAAGCAGAACUCCUAAACAUAGCACUAAGAUUAAAUACACUUCAAGAAGAUGCUUUAGACUUAGCGAUAUUCUUUCUUUUAUCGGCUGCUUUUCCCAAGCCUAGAUAUGUUUCGAUGAAAGAUGACCAAAAUACGUCUAAAAAACGGAAAAAAAAUCAGAAAGAUAAAUCCACUGUAACUCCUACUGGAAAAGGGUGGAAUCCGACAAAACCUGAAGCACGUGGAGGAUUUAUUUUUCAUGUCCAGACAUCCAAUGACGUCCACACUAGCUUGAAACAGCUCCAAAAUACGCUAGAAACGUAUAAACUUCCGCUUCAACCAAGGCCCAUUGUUGUUGGGCCCAUUGACAACAUCGUUUCAUAUCAUAUUUUUAUUAAUGAAGUGCAAUAUGAUUUUGAAACGAGUGCCCGUGCUAUUGAAGUAGCAUUCAAAACCUAUUAUUCAUUAAAUGCGCACUACCCUCUUGGAGCAAAGGCUCCUUGGCUAUUUAUUGAGAGAGCGGUGUUUAAACUAAAUGCAAAACACGAACAUCCAGUUCCUGUCUCAGUCACAUCUUUCAUUGGUGACCUGAAUAUCAACUUUAACUAAAAGAUUUUAUGGUAUUUUUACAUAUCUACGUAUUUUAAGUUAUAGGGAUAGUUUUACUCAUAGUUUUAUGAGUAUUUUUUUAAAAUGUCGUUUGUGUGUACAUGUUCAAAAAUAUUUGCUUACUAGUCCAGUCGAGUUAGGUCCAAAAAGUAACUCUUGCUGGUGAUAAUUCCUGGCCGACUAAUUUUUUCACAGAAUGAUUCAGAAUAUGCUAAAACUACGACAACCGAAAAAAUCUACACAAAAAGUGCGUCGCAAAUAUGUUUUUUUAUAACAAAAUGGUCAAAAUUCCGGUUUAACGCAAAUAUCUAACAAACUAUAGCACAUGGAUAAAAAAACCCUUUAUAAAACUUGAAGAAAAAAAAAUAAUGAAUAAAAUGAGCCCUCAUUUAAGUUCCUACGAGCUGGAAUUUGUAAAUUAUUUAAAUGUUA